GUUCGAUUUCUCCGUCUCGCGUCGCAUCUUCGUUGUUCUUGUGCUGCCCAAAUCUCCUCGUAUCGCGGUCUCACAUCUGCGCUAAUCGCGGGUACCACGACCAAAGUACUAGCAGCCAGAACCAGCCACCCCUGCCGCUCGCUAUAACCACUAGCAGUCAGUUCUUUACAAUAGCGCGCAACAGCCAGUCGGAGGAUGCGCCUUCCAAGUCGACUCAAAAGACGUGUCUAGUUACCAGUAUCGUGCCAUGUGUCAUCACGCCCGCCAGCCGGAUAUUAAUCCUCUCGUUCUUCGCAUCCUCUCGUUCACGAUCAUCCCGCGCAUCGUGUGGCAUCACACCUGCUGCCCGCUGCCCGCUGGCCGCCCACGAUCAUCCCGCGCUCCCGCGGAAGCCUGAAUCUCCGCAGCUGUAGACGAUCUCUGGGGAAAUCUCCGCGUUUUCCGGAUGCCUGGGAGCGGCAUCGCGCUGUCCGGCCCGGCAGGAUUCGAAGGAGCCCCUGUGACCCGCGCCAUCGUCCUCCUCUCCUCCCUUUCCUCCCUCCUCCUCCCCCUCGGCCCGCACGCGGCGCUCGCCGCCCUCUCCUACCCCUCCCUCUUCCUCCACCGCCAACAAUGGCGCCUGCUGCUCGCGCCGCUGGCCUUCCCCUCGCUGCCCGCGCUGCUGCUGGGCUGUGCGCUGAUCUUCCUGCUGCGCGUGCACGAGCGCCAGAUGGGCCCCUGCAAGUUCACGGUGUUCUGCCUCUUCUCCCUCCUUGUCUCGUCCGCGCUUCAAGUGCUCGCCCUCCUGCUGCUCUCAGGCGCACCUAGUACCGCUUCUCUCCCCUCCCUCUCUUCGUUCUCCCCCUCUUCCCCCCCCUCCUCCUCCCCUCUCUCCCCCCCACCCUGGACCCUCUCCCCCGGCCCCUACGCACUCGUCUCCGCCCUCCUGCUCCUCUCCUACGCGGACGUGCCUCCCUCCACUCGCUUCCUCCUCUUCUCCCGCAUCCCCUUCACCGAUAAGACCCUGCUCAUGCUCGCAGGCUUGCAACUGCUGCUGUCAGACGGCCUCUCCUCCCUCCUUCCUGGCAUCACGGGGCUGGUUUCUGCCUCGCUCUACCGCUGCAACGCACUCGGCAUUCGCAAACUCACGGUACCAGAGCCCGUGGCAGAUCGAGUGUCCCAGGGGCUUUCCUCUGCUGCCAGUUACAUAAGUGCCGCCACCGCUUAUGUCGUCAGCUUGCUUAGGCAGUGCCUGCAACGAGUGCAGCAGCAUCUGCAACAACGGCUGCAGCAGCAGCGGCAGCAGCAGCAGCACGGGCUAGGGCAAGAACAGUUUGAGCAUGAAAGGUUGCCGUUCCUUCAACAACCAAGACAGCAACAGCAGCAGCAGCAGCAGCAACAGCAACAACAACAACAACAACGGUGGCAGCAGUGGCUGCAGCAGCAGCAUCGAGCAGACCAACUUCCCAGCUAUCUCCACUCGCCCUUCGGCUCCUUCCCCUCAGACGCAUCCAUCAGCGCACUCGCCUCCAUGGGCUUCGACCGGAGUGCCGCUGUGGCAGCGCUGCUGCAGUGCCAUAACGACCUCACGCUCGCCACGAAUCUCCUUGUAGAGUCACAGCAGCAGCAGCAGCAGCAGCAGCAGCUGUAGCCACUUUUAGCGGUAUAUGUAGUUUAGACAGAAGCGUUGUAGCGGCAACACCCUCGCCGCUGUGGCAGCGCUGCUGCAGUACCACAACGACCUCAUCCUCGCCACGAAUCUCCUUGUAGAGUCACAGCAGCAGCAGCAGCAGCAGUCUGUCACCCUGAGUGAGGGUUACAUAUGCAGCCAAGGUAGUCAUGGAGAUAUGCAUUUGAUCGCUGGUGUCAAACAUUUAUGCAAUAUGUUAGUAUAGGCUAGUUAGGUGUAUGCCUUUAGAGAGUACAACCCACUUGGUGAAAGCACUCUGUACUGUUGUUUCUAUUCAUCUCGCUA